GCCACGCCUCUCCCGGUCCUGGCCUUAGGUGCCGCACCCACACUUCGCUACGCAGCUGCGGUUUGCACCAGCCAAGCGGAGGUGACCCAGGGAGCAUCCAGCCACCGCGGAGGGGCGGUUGCAGGGCGUGGAUGGGCCUGGAGACUCGCUGAGCCAAGAUGGCCGUCCUCUCCAAGGAGUAUGGUUUCGUGGUCCUGACCGGGGCUGCCAGCUUCCUCAUGGUAGCCCACCUGGCCAUCAACGUUGCCAAGGCCCGCAAGAAGUACAAGGUGGAGUACCCGACCAUGUACAGCAUGGACCCUGACAACGGGCACCUCUUCAACUGCAUCCAGCGAGCUCACCAGAACACGUUGGAAGUGUACCCUCCCUUCUUGUUUUUUCUAGCUGUUGGGGGCGUUUACCACCCGCGCGUAGCUUCUGGUUUGGGCCUGGCCUGGAUCGUUGGGCGGGUUCUAUACGCGUAUGGCUAUUACACAGGAGACCCCAGCAAGCGGAGAAGAGGAGCCCUGGGCUCUAUCGCCCUCUUUGGCUUGAUGGGCACGACAGUGUGCUCUGCCUUCCAGCAUCUUGGCUGGGUUAAAACUGGCCUGGGCAGUGGGUCUAAAUGCUGCCACUGAAGAAUUCAAGGGUGUUUACAAACUCAUUCAUUUUGAGUGACUUACUUUUAUUUACAAUAACAUUUUUUUUUUCCUAAAUAUAAUAAAAACUUGUCUGGCAUCAGCCUCAUACGUAA